AUGAAAAAAUUGGAAUUGCGCUUCACGUUAUUUCUGCUUUUAGAGGUAAGUCAAUAAUAUUAUUUAAGUUUUACUACUUGAAAACUAUGUUGUUUUUAAUUUUUCUCUCUUUGUAUAUAGUUAUACCAUUCGAUUCCGAUUUAAAUACAGCCCAGUUGCUCUGACGUAGAAUUAACUUUAAUGGCAGCUAGCUGCUCUUUUAUCAGCACUGUCCUAAUAAACACUGAUACGAUACGCGAAAAAUGUGACCCAAACUUUUAAUGAAAUCAAACAUUUCUUAAGUGUAGCGAUUUGGCUGAGAGAGUAACUCUCUAGCCAAUAUUUUAAGGUUUUUACAAAGUAAACUGAAUUUUGCAACAUUUAUCAAUUUUGAUUGUAGGCAGAAAAGGGCAUUUGAUGUGGUCAAUAUGGAUCCACGUAGAAUCAGGCCAUCUAAUUUCAAGUACUUUUCUUUAGAGAAACUCUUUUGCGGCGAAAAAAAAACAACUUUGAUAGCGGCUAGGCUGGUCACAGCGGCUUUUAGUUGUCAACACAUAGAAGCGCCUUUAGCACUCUCCUUUGCCAUGGGACCAAAAGAGGCCAUAGAUAGGGGUGUUUCCCAAGCCUUUGAAAUACCGUCCACGGUACUAAGGGUUUUUCGGGCUUCGCCAAAAGCAAUACAGCUUUCACUCUGCGACAGAAAUAAAAAGCUAGGCAAAUUUGCUGUCAAGUAUGUUUCUAACUUGGCGACUGAGGUUUGUAUAACGCGCAUCACAUCUUUGGGGUGAAGCACAGCAUUAGACUAUCAAUGUUAAGUGUCUUUGAGUACCUUUGCCGCGUUUUGGUUUGAUGCAGGCUAAAGUUUAAUGCCGUGGACAGAUCAUGCAUGGUAAUUAAACAUUACAUUUUAACCUUCAGGUUGCAUUCGCUUAUUCCGGUUUGAAUGUAAAAGGUGAGUUCAUCUGCAUAUUUGUAUUACAGCAGUUUGCAUUUGGUUGUGUUUUAAAAGUUGAACCAAAGUCCGUUCAAACUCCGAGGAGCCAAUGGGAACGCAAGGGAAAUGCAUUUAGCUGACGCCAAAAAGAGGGAAGUGAGUGCCUGCAGUCACUAUGGGACCGUGAGUUACUCACUGAUCUGAUUGGUCAAGAGACGUGACGUUUGUUUGACCAAUCACACACUGAAGCAACCCCGAACUUAAUGUAUGUGGUUUAAAAGCACUUAAAGACAGUGGUAGCAAGAUCAUAACAUCUCAUUCAGCACUUGUGAGAUCCUUAAGUUUGGUAACACAUGACACAAACGCAAAGAGACCGAUUCUAGUUUCAUUUGUAGCCGAACUACGAGGAAAGUUCUAAUUCUGAAAAUUUGGAAUUGGACCUUCCACAGGAAGCCCAAGGAAUAAAAAUUAAUUUAGUUAUCAAAAGAUUUAUUUUACACUGAAUCAUAUGAUGACGUUGAUGACAAUGAAUGGUGAAUACACUGACUACUGACGUCAUUACUUUGCAGCUGAUUCUAACACCCCAGGGAACUCGGGGGAGAACACCUUUGAUGAUGACCUUGCAGAUUAUCCGCACGUCAUAGACGAUCAUAUCCCUGGGAUAAACGAUGGUGAUAAUGACAAUGACAAUGAUGAUGGUGAUAUUGGUGAUGAAGGAUUCUAUGAUGAUGACAAUGAUGAUGACGACGAUGGAAGUGAAAGCUUGCGACAGGGUCUUGUCAGAGGUUCUAAUUCGUCGGUUGUUCAUAAAAAAGACGAGGUUCGCUCGUCGGGUGUCAAAAACACAAGCCCACAGCAGCAACACUCACCAGAUGAUAGCGAGAUAAAUGAGUCUGGCUUGUCUGAAGAUAUUGAUGAUAAAAGUGGCGGAAGCGGAAGUGGAAACGACGAGGGCAAAGGUCAAGGGGUAUUUGCAAGGUAAAUUAAGUAUCUUCUGCAUGCUUGUAUAAAUUAAGGCAAAGGACCAUGCGGAGCUCCCUGAUAUGGGCGUGGGACUAUCAAAUCCAUAAUAACAGCCAAAAAUUUUUAGAUCGCCCUACGAACAACCACUGACAUCCCUUCGUUAUUCUGUCAUAUAGCAGGAGACCGUAACCCGGAGCGCGCAACUUCCAUGCGUUCGUGUCACGGCGUUUUCACGGACCCGUUUAUUUUUUAGAACGGUUUUGGCGCCAAUUUUGAAUGUGUUUUAAAUUCCAAAAACCAGUAAGCAAAACUUACAGACCUAAAAGUGAUAUUUUGUACCUUUUAAUAACGCUUAGUUUUCCAUUUUGAUAUCUUAUGCUUCGAAUGCGCUCAUAGACAUGGUGGAGAUUCUAUUUUCGUGGGAAAUAGUGCCCUGAAAUGUGUCUAAAAAUAAACCGGUCCGUAAAAAUGCCGUGACAUAGGCCUAGUAUAGUAACUGCUCGCUCCAGGUUAUAAGCUCCUGCAUACAGUCACUCAUCCAUCCCAGAACCCAUCCAUCUAUACGUCCAUUCAUUUUUCAGGGUCUUUGCAUCACGUGUCUCUCCUAUCUUUUGUUCUCUCUUAGUUUUUAUGAAGGCAAACUUUCCUCCUUUAGUUCAACUUUAACUUUUGUACACCUAUCACUUACAACAUUAUUUACAACCGAAUAAAAAAAUGACUAUAAGGCUUACAAAAGAAAUUAGGUUUGCUUAACAAAAAAGACCAUAAAGGCUUUCAUUUCAAAGUUUAAUCUAUUUUCAAUAGCCAGCACGUUUCAGAGGAGGAAGGCAGCAGUGACGAAGAAGCUUCAUCGAAAUCACAUGAAACGGAAAAUAGCGGCAACGAAGAACACGAAUGGAAUAAUGAUCAUGCUGCUGUAAGGUACAACUUGUUGCACAAGCGACCAAGGAACAUGAUAAAAAAGGUGACUGAAGACUCCAAAAACGGUGAAAAAGAAGAAAACAAUUCUUCAGGGGAUCAAGAUACAAAUGAAGAAAAUGCGGAGCAAAAUUCUGGCUUCUUAACUAGUUAUGCUCCAGAAAAUGAUACAAUUGGAUUAGGGGUGGGAGACGAACACCCUAUUUUAAAGCCACACCCUAAAAAUGUGAGCGUUUCUUACAAUCAUACCAUAACCAAGGAGAAAGAAAAAGAGAAAGUGAUAUUACCGACGCAAAGUGAUGGAGGGGUUACAGGGAAUAAGACUGAUGUCACUGAUAGACAAGAUGAGAACAAGAAGAGUAACAAUUCAGUAAAAUCAACACAACUCAAAGAUACAUUGUCACAUGAUGUACACAAAGAAGAAAAGGAGAGCAAAGUAGAGAAGUCAUUAAAAGCUAAGCAUAAAGGAAGUGUUCAAAAUACCCAACCUCAUCACAGACCUGUGAAGAAAGAGCCCGUUAGGACUGGUAAGGUCUCCCCACACCUUGCCAGAAAGAAACUACAUAACAAGUACUUGGCAUCCCAUGUAACCCAUCCACAUACGUCGGAAAGUCAUAGGAAAGUCACGCACGCCAAGACUAUCAGAAAAGGUAUGGCGUAUACAUGUCACGCAGUUACGUUACUCUGGAAACUUUUUUUGUAGAAUUAGUACAUUGGAAAUUUCUGUAAGCGAUCCAUCAAGGCUUAAAACUGCAAUCUCAAUGCCGGGACUUUUUCCCUUAGAAAAUAAGGGAGGGGCAGGCGCCCCUCUUCUGACGGGAAAAGCCCCCAAGGUUGCUAACACUGAGGCUGAACUGUUUCUUCUUUAACACGAAAAUAUCAUUUUUUGUUUUCAAUGUCUUUAUCUGACACCAUUUCAGCUGCCCCAUCCACGUGCCAAUCAGACAAGAUCUUGGCAGGGCACUCGUUAAAAGGAGGGACUCGGGCCGGUCUUUUUGAAGUUUUGGGCGACACUGCGAGCAUGCAAGCGUGUCUUCAGCGGUGCUGCUCUAAAAAGACAUGUGACGUUGCACUUUUGAUUGACGGGCGAUGCUAUGGAGUGGACUGCUACAGUGACGAUCUCUGUAAAGCAAUUCCAGUACCUCAUCCGCACUUUAUAUUCUCGCAACUUGGGUUCAUAAAUAAAGGACAAAAGAGAGGAGACAUCGAGAGGAAACAAGGUAGGAGAAAUGCAACUUCAUAACUGGGGAUUGACCUCUUUGAAGGGUGAGGUGGGGGGCACUCAAGGGUAGUUUGGAGAAGAGGUGUGUCGUCUAGGCCUUCAAACCCUGACUGGCCUGUUGAGGCAAAAAUCGUUCAUUUCCCUACCCAGUUAAAAAAAGGCAGCUUAUUUCAUGACCUGAUUCACUUCGUUUCGCAUACAGAAUUAAGUUAUAAUGUAAUGAGAUUUUCCUGGAAAAAAAUUCUUAGUACCAGAAAUGUAGACCUUUUAAAGCAAACCUUCACUCUUUGAAAAGGCUUCCGUUCCAAAAAGACACUUUGCAUGUUUAAGACCCUAAAUAGUGAAACUGUAAACCAUGUUUAAGAUAUUAAGACCCUGAAAACCACACUCUGUUCAGAGGCACACAAGUCAGCACAAGUCAGCGUCAGAAAGUUGACGAAAGGUUCGUUCUGUCCUUUAACAUUGUUUUUUUUUAGAGUUUCACUGUCAGUAUGGAAACCUCACUCUGCGGAAUAAUGAAGAAUGGAGUGGUGAACUGUGCGGAGGAGUGGUUAGGUGUAAAAAUGGCAUCGUCACCGUUAAAAAAUGUUCAGGAAUCCCACCCAAACCAGACGACUGCACCAAGCCACGUCUGGUUGUGAAACAUCAGAAAGGAAAAUGCUGCCAGAUGAAAUGGAAGUGUAAAGGUAACCUGUGUAAAAUUCUGGGCUAAUGGUCUUUACACGGGUUUAAUUUAAACCCUUAAACGACGGCUUCGGUUGUUUUCGUUCCAUAUGGAACGAUACAUGUUUUCCUUUUUGGACCCAUUUAGCGUUCAGUUUAAGCUAAUAAGUUGGUAAGCAACAACGUCAGCAAAGAUUGAUCUUUCCACUGAUACCUCGUUUUAGCUGUUAUGACCAAUCCUGACAGAAGUACUCUCGCAAAAAAAGUAACCUUGGGAGAAUUACCAAUUUCGCUAUCGCUGUUCACCUAGUACUCUUUGAAGCUUAAAUCAAUCUCGUACCCAGAUCUCCCACGGCCAAGGUGUAAAACAGAGUGAGAUCUGGGUACGAGAUUAAGCUUAAAUUUGUCCCUUUCUUAAAAAAUUAGCCAGCUACAAUUAUUUCUGGAAUCGUUACUGUGGACGCGCCAGUCAGCUAUAGAGAGUAAAAGUGUGACGUCACGUUACCAUGGUAGCAAAUUGCUGGAUCUGGGCCACCAUUUUGUUCCUGAGUGCAAUUAUGCACAGGAAAGUCAUACACGAGAUGAAUGUUUUCCUUUUUUCUGCCAUAUUUGCAGGAUCACUGUUUGUUGAGAUCCAGAGAUUUUGCUACCAUGGCAACGUGACGUAACAGCUUCUUCUCCCUUUAAGCCAAUUUUUUUCUUCUGUCUGUAGUAACAGUCCGAGAAGUCUUUGUGAACGUUAACUAGAUCCAGUUUCCCUCUCGUUUCGAAAUCGGCAAAUUUUAUUAUUGCUGGUUUGCACGUGACGUCACGGCGGCCAUGUUGGUGGUCAAAAACGGAAGCAUUUCUCUCCUCUGGGAACUAAACUCUGUUUUCACGUAAAUUCUUUUUGGAAAAAAUUCUAUAGAGCGUUUUCACUAACGUGGCCAGCAUCUACGGUAAUUUAUUGGAAAAAAAGAAAGCAUUUACAUGAGAAAAGAGUUCAACUCCCAGAGGAUUUUCUGAGUACACCAACAUGGUCGCCAUUUCAUUGUUUUGGAACACCAAUAUGGCUGCCGUGACGUCAUGUGAAAACGCUCUAUUGUAUUGACCCCCAACAUGACCGCCUGACCACGUGGUUGCAAACCAAGAAUUAGUAAAUCCUUGUUAAUGAUUUCGUAUUUUGCUUAAUAUAGCAAGGCACUGUAUCUUUAACAAUCGUCUGAUCAAGCAUGGAUAUACACUCAGUGAUCCUCUUUGUACCGGAAUUGUCAGUUGUUAUAAUGGACAUUUAAACAUGGAACACUGUCCCAAGAUACCUGACAAGCCUAAAGAUUGUGCACGACCAAAGCUCAAGACCAUCAGUAUUCCUGGAAAAUGCUGUAAAAAACUUUGGGUUUGUUCAGGUAACCGAAAUUAGUAAGGCUUUAGUCAUUGCUUCAAGUAAUUGACUCUAUCAAGAAAGAAUAGAGAGCUUAAACAACCACGACAGCGGCGGACGAAAACUUAACUUAAACAGUGAAUUCGCGCUGUUUUAAACUUCAACGCCCACAUUCAUCUCGUCCAAUUUGUCACAUGUUGCGGACUUUUUCGGGUCGAAUUCUAGAGAAAUUUAUACUGAGAGAAAUAAAAAGAAUAUGGUUGUCUAGUGUUCACGUCCUGCAUAAAACUUGAAAUUACGAAGUUUUAGCUCAAGCCGUAGUCGUGCAACGAUGGUAAAGAAAUAUGCAAAGAGUGAUGCACGUGCAAAGUUGUCAUUUUGCCAUUGUUUUUUUGGAGUUCUCGUUGCGGUCGUCUUCGUCGUUGCUGUUUAAGCAAACUUUUAGUUUCCUAAACCUAGACCAGGAGCCGGCUCAUGACUGAUUUCGUACAGUAAAUUUUGCCGAAAAGUCAAUAUCCUUUACAAGAACUUGGGUCAAGCACCUCGACCAAGGCUACGAGGUUGCGCCCCGCGGCAUUGCUCAGUCUCCUGUCACGUGAUCAGCGUAGCCAUGUGACCUUGCAGUCGCUAUCUUGAAAACGACAACGUUUCUAGCAAAAGGACAAGUUAUUUCUUUUUUCCUCUUUUUUUUGUCGAAGGUCUUUCGAAAAAAAUACAGGCGGUAAAAGGCAUUACUCGGUUAAAAUUAUUUUCCAUCAAUUUCAUAUGAUAAUCUAAAAACAUUGUAAAUGCAAAGGUGCUUUAUGUGAUACGUGUUCGUGAAUUCAAGAAAUCGAAUUGAAAAGAGAGAAAAUCGAAAUCAACAGUUCUCACUGGGUUUUAGUAUCGCCGGAAUGUACCUGGAGGACCCUUACCACCUCCCCCUGAGCAAGAAAGGGAAUCAACAACAAACUCAGCCCGCAUAAGACUUGAACCAAGGGCAAAUAAUGUGAAGUAAGUGAAGUCAGCACUGCUCCCCGCCCAAUAUGAAAAUAUUUCAUGUAAAAAUUUCAGAUCAAUUAAGCUUUCUGUGAAACUUUCAACCUACCCUUCCCCUAAGCAAACAUUAACACUUACUUAUUAUUUAGGCAAAAUGUUGGGUUAAGGGAGGGGUAGGUGGGCAGUUUCCCAGAAAGCUAAGCCCCAGCAUCUCUUUUUUCAGACAAAAGCUGCACAUAUGAUGGUCUCAAGCUGUCGCAUGGUGAGAAACUCACAGACGCGUCAUGCGCAAUUGUUAUGGAAUGUAGAAAUGGCUUCCUGCGUAAUAAGCAGUGCCCAAGUCCCCCUUCCGUCCCUCGUACCUGUAUCAACCCAACAUUGAAGGUCAAGCGAAUCCCAGGGGAAUGCUGCGAAAUGAACUGGAAAUGUGAAAUAAGCUAAGAAUGUACUUUUGCAUUAAAAGGUUAGUACGAGAAUAGUAACUACAUCGGGGCCACCUCGCAUGACAAAGUUGAAAUUCCAGCUACGGUGAAUUUCACGUGUACUUUUCAGAUCUCCUUAAGGAAGGGGAGAGUAUGCUAAACAUCACUCGAGGCAACACAUUAUAUGCGACGACAGUGGAUCAAAUAUAUAAUCAACUAAAUUUUUCC